UUCACCGCGUGAUACUGAACUCAUAAAAAACAUAUUCUAUCCACAUGACCAGGACGAGUAAUGACAACCGUCCUUGGUAUAUAAACUGUGUCGGCACUUGAAGCACACACACCCAGUGUAUAGUCAUCCUGGGACACCAGCUUCUGGUAGCAGACGUCAUCAUACAUCAGACGAUAGUGCCAGAAGACAAGUUCUAGAACUAUGGCUCGGCUCGUAGUUGUUGUCGUUGCCUUGAUGGUGACGCUGUCAGCUGCAGCACCUAAAUCUGUGACGAACACGCCAGCUCAGAACACAGGAGUGUACCCCCCGAACUUCCCCACCCCGACGGAGACCUACAGCAGGUUCGCCCAGAUGGACGCCACGGGGAACUACUUCCUGUUCUGGUGGGCAAACUCCACACACAUCCAGUUUGAAGCUCACGUGAAAACCAGGGGCUACGUAGGCUUCGGUAUUUCUAACCAUGGCAACAUGUACCCCGCUGAUGUGGUGAUUGGCUGGGUGAAGGACGGGAAGGUGCACUUUGAGGACCGCCACGCAAUCGGUUAUUAUGAACCAAUCAUCGACGACUCUCAGGACUGGACCAUUAUCGCCGGCUUCGAGAACGACUUCGGCACCGUGUUAAAGUUUUCUCGAGCACUCGACACUUGUGAUGAGAAGCAGGACUUUGUAAUCAAGGAGGGGACGACGAAGGCCAUCUUCUCUUACCACCCCGAUGACCCCAUCCACGAGACUGGCCUGAUCUACCAUGGGGCCGGCAGACGGGGCUCCAAGAGUCUCUUGCUGUUGGACAUGACCCCGACCUUGAAGGUGAUGCCAGCUGACACCCAGCACUUCGACAUGAAGAACCAGAAGUUCCACGUGCCUGCCGUUGGCACCUUCUACCAUUGCACCGUCUUCAAGGUGCCCGUACUUCCAAAGAAACACCACCUCAUCAUGUAUGAACCUGUCAUCACCCCUGGCAACGUGGAUAUCGUCCACCACAUGGUUCUGUACACGUGUCCCAAGCUGGAUGACAAGUACGACCUGAUGGACUACCACUGCUACCGCGAGAGAGACCCCCUGCUUCGGGCCUGUACAGCCGUCUUCCUUGCCUGGGCCGUUGGAGGAGAGCCGUUCUAUCUUCCUGAUGAUGCGGGAUUACCCCUCGGAACGAAAGAAGACCCGAGUUUCCUACUGCUGGAGACCCACUAUAACAACCCCACCCUGAAAGCAGGGGUCAUCGACAGUUCCGGCAUGCGUAUCCACUACACGCCGACCCUACGACUUCACGACGCCGGGGUGCUGGAAACUGGUGUCAUGGUAGACAAUUUCCAGAUCAUCCCUCCAGAGUACGAAUCCUUCAAAUCCCGGGGGUACUGCAGCAUGGCCUGUAUGGAGAGGUCCCUGACUCGGUCCACUGCCCCGGAGAUGAAUGUGUUCGCAGUGUUCCAGCACACGCAUCUUAUUGGGAAGGGAAUCAGGACCCGCAUCAUCAGGAACGGCACAGAGAUCGAACCUCUCAUCGUGGACGACAGCUACGACUUUGACUUCCAGGAAACCAGACUGCUGGCUCACGAGAGGAAGCUGCAAGUGGGAGACGCCAUCAUCACCGAGUGCGACUACAGGUCAAAGGAGAAGGGCAAGUUCACAUUUGGAGGUUUAAGUACACAGGACGAGAUGUGUCUGACCUUCAUCCUGUACUAUCCCCGAAUGCCCAUGUCCAACUGCCUGAGUCUCGCCAUGUACAACGCCUACAUCAAAGAUCGAGGUGAGAAGAGGGCGCUGAUUCAGUACCUGGAGACUCUCGACUGGAAGAACCAGACCAUCAGAGAGAGCUUCCAGCAGAACACGGACCAGUCAGUCUACACUCUCUCCUGCAUGGAUUAUGCCGGGCCCAUGUCGUUCUUCAGUACAAUGACACAGGCCGACCCCGUGACCACGCCCUACGUGAAGCCAAUGAGUGACAAACGCUCCAGAAGGACUUACAGAAAUAUGCAUCGUCUCGUGGUCGUUAUCGUUGCCUUAAUGGUGACGCUGUCAGCUGCAGCACCUAAAUCUGUGACGAACAAGCCAACUCAGAACACAGGAGUGUACCCCCCGAACUUCCCCACCCCCACGGAGACCUACAGCAGGUUCGCCCAGAUGGACGCCACGGGGAACUACUUCCUGUUCUGGUGGGCAAACUCCACGCACAUCCAGUUUGAAGCUCACGUGAAAACCAGGGGCUACGUAGGCUUCGGUAUUUCUAACCAUGGCAACAUGUACCCCGCUGAUGUGGUGAUUGGCUGGGUGAAGGACGGGAAGGUGCACUUUGAGGACCGCCACACAAUCGGUUUCUAUGAACCAAUCAUCGACGACUCUCAGGACUGGGCCAUCAUCGCCGGCUUCGAGAACGACUUUGGCACCGUGUUAAAGUUUUCUCGAGCACUCGACACUUGUGAUGAAAAACAGGACUUUGUAAUCAAGGAGGGAACGACAAAGGCCAUCUUCGCCUACCACCCUGAUGACCCCAUCCACGAAACUGGCCUGACCUACCACGGGGCCGGCAGACGGGGCUCCAAGAGUCUCCUGCUGUUGGACAUGACCCCGACCUUGAAGGUGAUGCCAGCUGACUCCCAGCACUUCGACAUAACCAACCAGAAGUUUCAAGUGCCCGCCGUUGACACCUACUACCACUGCUCUGUCCACAAGAUGCCCGUACCGCCGAAGAAAAACCACCUCAUCAUGUUCGAGCCCGUCAUCACCCCUGGCAACGAGGAUGUCGUCCACCAUAUGGUGGUGUACACGUGUCCGACCAAGCUGGACGACAAAUACAACAACGUGGACUACCACUGCUACGAGAUCAAGGACAUGACGCUGAUGUCGUGUAGGGCUGUGUUCCUAGCCUGGGCUGUGGGUGGAGAGGCGUUUUAUCUCCCUACUGACGUUGGAAUCCCUCUCGGAAUGUCGGAAGGUCCUGGUCACGUGGUUCUGGAGACACAUUAUAACAACCCCACCCUUAAAGCUGGGGUCAUCGACAGUUCCGGUAUCCGCAUCCACUACACGCCGACGUUACGACUUCACGACGCCGGGGUGCUGGAGACUGGUGUCAUGGUAGACAAUUUCCAGAUCAUCCCUCCUGAGUACGAAUCCUUCAAAUCCCGGGGGUACUGCAAUAUGGACUGUAUGGAGAGGUCCCUGACUCGGUCCACUGCCCCGGAGAUGAAUGUGUUCGCAGUGUUCCAGCACACCCAUCUUAUCGGGCAAGGAAUCAGGACCCGCGUCAUCAGGAACGGCACAGAGAUCGAACCUCUCAUCGUGGACGACAACUACGACUUUGACUUCCAGGAAACCAGACUGCUGGCUCACGAGAGGAAGCUGCAAGUGGGAGACGCUAUCAUCACCGAGUGCGACUACAGGUCAAAGGGGAGCUACAAAUUCACAUUUGGUGGCGUGAGGACCAGUGAUGAGAUGUGCCUGUCGUUUCUCCUGUACUACCCCCGGAGUCCCAUGUCCUCCUGCUUGAGCCUCCCGCUCUACGACACCUACAUCAAAGAUCCCCACCAUGAGAAGCACGCAUUCUUCAAUUACCUCGUACACCAAGACUGGAGGAACCAGACACUCAGAGACGUCUUCCAGAAGAACACUGACGACUCCAUCCACGUCAUUCAAUGCGCUGACUAUUCCGGGUUCUCGUCGGCCCACACCGUCAAGACACACCCCGAUCCCGUGACCACGCCCUACGUCAAACCCAAGAGCAGCGUGUGCAGCACGAAAUAAGUUGCUACGCUACGAAAUUUAUACGUUUCAAAUUGAAAUACUAAUGUCGUUCACGAAUAAAGAGGAAUAUGUUUUUUCUUCA